CGGACCCAACCCCCGAGCGAGCAUGGCAGCCGCAGUGACGGCGGCUCCGCCGCCGGCCAUCGCCACCACGCUCUCCACCCUCCUCCGCCGCAGCAAGAACUGUAUCCAUUCCCUCCAGGCCUCUCAUAGGAGAUGCAUCUACUCAGACGUGGUUGCGGAGCCUGCGCCGGCGCCGCCGCCGCCAAGCCGGAGGGGAGGCCACGCCGGGACGCGCCUGGAGGAGGCCGUGCCGGCCGGGGAGGGUAGGUCGCGGGUGGACGCGUGGAUCUCCGCGCGGCUGGGCGGCGGGGGCGUCAGCCGCGCGCGCGUGCAGGCCAGCAUCCGCGCCGGCCUCGUCGCCGUCAAUGGCCGCCCCGUCUCUAAGGUUUCGCAUACGGUGAAGGGAGGGGACACGGUCAGCUGCACAGUGUCGGACCUAACACCACUGAAGGCAGAAGCGGAGGACAUUCCGCUGGACAUUGUUUACGAGGAUGAGCACCUUCUUGUCGUUAACAAACCGGCUCAUAUGGUUGUUCACCCAGCACCAGGGAAUGCAAAUGGCACCUUAGUCAAUGCUAUUCUUCACCACUGCAAGAUUUCAACUUUUACCUGUUUAGCACGUAACUCCAUUGAUGAUGAGUGCCCUGAAUCUUCGGACGAUGAUGUUGACGUAUUUGAUGUUGACCAAUUUACUAUUGAUGACGUAAGUUCAGAGGUUCGUGAAGCUAUUGUGCGCCCUGGUAUCGUGCAUAGGCUUGAUAAAGGGACAAGUGGACUGCUUGUUGUAGCUAAGGAUGAGCAUUCUCAUGCCCAAUUAGCAGAACAAUUCAAGCUACAUACAAUAAGCAGGGUAUACCUCAGUCUUACUUGUGGUUUACCUAGUCCAUAUUCUGCGAGAAUUGAAGUGCCUAUAUCCCGUGAUCCAAACAACCGGAUACGUAUGGUUGCUGCUCCUGGAUCAGGCCACAGAUAUGCAAAGGAUGCUGCUAGUAGGUAUAAAGUAAGAGAGGUAUUUUGUGGUGGUGGAUCUGCACUUGUAGAGUGGAGAUUGGAGACAGGGCGCACUCACCAGAUCCGAGCACAUGCAAAAUAUCUAGGGAACCCCCUACUUGGUGAUGAAACAUAUGGAGGUACGAAAAGCAUGGCAUUGUCACUUCUGAGACCCAAAACUCCUUCAAAAUAUCAUGCUGAUCUUUCAAGUCUGAUAUCAAAGAUAGACAGGCCAUGUCUCCAUGCUGCAUUGCUUGGCUUCAAGCAUCCUCAUUCUGGAAAGGCACUUGAAUUCUCGUGCCCCCCUCCAGAUGAUUUUACCGAGGUACUUGAUGAACUGCGUCGUGUUACACCGACAAGUGAUGGCCAAGAUAGUGAUGGUGUUGCUCAAUUUUCUGAUUAACGCGAAUGGAGAAUACACAAAAUGCUGCUCAGGAUAUGAUAUGUUUUGCCUGGAUGUAUCCAGACUCAUGCCAUCUUGGAGUGAGUGACCAAACUGACGGACAGGUUGUGAAGCUUUUUAGCAUGUUCGACGAGAGAUUAGGACUACACAAGGAGGCCACGAGAGAGAAGCUUCAAGAAUUUUGACAAGAUUUGGAAAUGUAGUUUUAGCACUCUUUUUUCUAUGUUUAAGGAACCUAAGAAAAUACAUAUUUAAUGUUGAAAGCAUUUUAGCAUAAUUAGAUGUGUGUGAUGUACAGAGAUGUAAAAUACACUGAAUCACAAUGUUUUUGAUUUACAUCAAGACGCUGCUUGUUGGAUUUCAA